AAUCAGAAUCGUAAAAAAAAAAGGAUUCGCGAACGGGAAGAAGCACAUCUCGCUUCGUGACUACUUCGUCAAGGACGAAAUCGAGCAGGGCCGCCUCCAAUUGGUCUACUGCCCCACCACCGAAAUGGCAGCUGACUACUUGACCAAGAAGCUGAUGAAGGCCAAGUUCCAGUACUGCAUGCUGCUGAUUGGACUGCAACACUUAGUUAAGCAGCAGCGAAGCAGAUUUGGGGUAACCUGCAGCAGUCGCGAGAUGGGUGAACACCUGCACGGCCAGGUGGAUAGGGAUACCGGAGAAUUUCUAGAGUUGGGUAACAGCUGGGCGGAGACCGACAACAUAUGAUGCGCAUUGACCCUGAUCGACGGCCAAAACAGUUCAUGCGUACACCUGGUGGAGAAACCGUGGGGGUGCUGCUAAAGGAUGCCGUGACGCCCGAGUGUUCUUACAGGUGUAACACGGACUGCUUCGUCGGAGACGACGGGCAUCGGCUGCUGUUAGCGAUCGCGUUCGUAACUGAGGUGGACUUCGCGAACAUCAUCCUGGUCAGCAUCUGCAAGAGGAAUAAAUUCCGGUAUGCCUGUCGAGGCGACAGGUUCGGGGAUGUUAGUUGCGGCAGCUUCGGAAGCUUCAAAAACUGCCUCGUCCUGUACAUCAGCUUCGGCUUCGUCAGUUGCAAAUGCACGCGAGCCUUCGAACAGCCUGGCGGGGUUGGCAGCUGCUGCUUGGUGGGCACAAAAAACGGGCAAGGUUAGUCUUUGAUAGAAGAGACAAUCAUGUGAAGGGACGAUAUGGUUGGAACGAAGAUCCAAAAUCUUCCAUGCGUGCUACUGUUUUCGAUGCCGAGGUGUACCCCCCAUUUUGCUCGUUCGGAAAAUUUGCCGAGUGCUGCAGUUGGAGGACGAAACUGCACGACACACCCGAAAACUUGUAAAGGUUUGGUACUUCUCACUGUUCGUGUCCAAUGCAGGUGUGGAGAACUCCGGCAGGGACGUAGAAGAAAGAAGGUUGUGUAACUUCACGGCGUGGUCCAUCGCAUACGGCCAAAAGCGAG